GAGCUGAGAGCAGUAACGCUGCAGGAGUCCGAGCUCGGGCACGCUCGGAGAGAGAAGUCUGAGGAGAAAAGCGCACAGAUGGAUGUUUAGCCUCCACACGCUGCCGGAGAAGGAGGAAGGGAACUUCUGUGGAGGUGUGACAGGAGCGGAGGAGCGAGGCUUCUCUCUCUUUUUUUGGUGCCUUUUUUGGAUUUGGCCAAUCACAGAGCUGCAUGUUUGAGUCUCCGCCCAGCUAUGGAACCCUGGCCUAUAGUGGCCUGGGUCCUAAUGCUGACUUUCAUCACUGACUGGCUGCAAACUGUCCAAUCAAGGGACUUCACAGAAAAGGAUAUUAUCUUCCUCCAUCCUUCAACUACUCCAUAUCCAGGAGGGUUCAAGUGCUUCACAUGUGAGGAAGCUGUUGACAAUUACGAGUGCAAUCGCUGGGCGCCAGAUCUGUACUGCCCACAAGAGAGUAAAUAUUGCUACACACGUCACAAAGUGGCCUGGGGUGGGAACACUGUGUCAGUGACCAAACGCUGUGUGGCCUUGGAGGACUGCCUCUUUGCUACUGGCUGCACUGGACUGGACCAUGAAGGAAACAAGGUGUGCGUUUCGUGUUGUGAGGGGAACAUCUGUAACUUGCCUUUACCUUGGAAUGAGACGGACUCUAUAUUUGCCACCACAUCCCCCCUCAACGAUGGCCAGCGAACCCCACUUCAUCCCACAGUGGCACUCUUCUUCUCGGUCUCCACCCUCAUCAUCCUCAGCCAUGCUUGAAAGGCUGUGGAUGGUGGUGUUGUGAGAGGGGGUUGAUUAACUUAUUCAUACGCUCUCAAAAAUGAUGUGCUAUUAAAUGGAACACCAGCAUUUUUCAGCCUGUUCUGUAUCUGUCAGGUCUGUAGCAUAGAGCUGAUCAACAGAGAUCAAUCUAUUGAUAAUCAGUUUUAUACUUUCCCCUGUACUCAAAAAACAAAUAUAGUAAAAGCCACCAGGCUGUUGCUUCAGCAUCUGCCUACUGGUUUCUAUUAUAAAUAUGUUUUUGUAUAAGAAAAUGCACUGAAAUGACUGCAUGUGGUAACUGACUCUAUCCUACACAUAUGGCAGAUAAAGAUUAGUUUAAAAAAUGUUGCUCCUUUAACGACAUAAUUUAGCACAACAGAAUUGUGCUGUGUUCUUUUGGCCUAAAUGCACCAUAACAGGCUCAAAUAAUAAACCAGUACGUUCAUUUUAAUAUAAUGAUAAUCAGUAAUUUGAUUUCAUAUUAGAGGAAUAAUUUGUCAUGUUUACACAAUCUUCCACUUACCUCGGUUGUAGCUGAUCAGCGAAGACAUGCUGGGUGUCCAAAUUUUGCUUCUUUAGAGCUCUGAGGCUUGUGUAGCUAACAAGCAAUAGAAUUCAAUAGUCACCCAAAUCUAUACAUUUGAAAGUGUUGUUAUACUCUAAACCACCUCAAGAAGUCUGUGUGACCUUAAUGAAGACCUAAAAAGAUUUGGGUGACUAUUGACUUGUACUGUUUGCUAAGUAUGUUCGCCUUGUACCUCCAGCACCAGAAGCAAAGUUUGGAUGCUAAACAUCUCUUGGCUGUUGGACAGCAUCUGCGGGAAGUGGGUAAUUGUGUAAAUUAGAUUUUUUACCAAAUCGUUCCUUUAAAUUCGCAAAACGUAAAGUAAGGCCUAAAGAACGCAGCAUAAAUCCGACACCAAACACAGUUAAAUAAGGUAACACAAUGGGCGUGUUUACAGCAACACAUUUGCUCGUCCAGUUUUGCUGCAUGUUGUCCAGAACUGGACAUACAGAUGUGUUUUAGCACAUCUGUUCUGACAGUGAUCGGCCUUACCUUCCACAAACGAAGUGUUACUUUUGAACUUUUCAGUCAACGUCUUCAUUUUAACUCCUUUGCUGUGAAAAAUAUCCAGGAUUUUUAAAAAUGUGGACACUUUUUAAAGCAGCUGAUAAUCUUCCUUCCCUCAAAACUCGAGGUGGAACUCCAGCUUACGAGCCAUUUCCUCAGCAUGCUCUGACCUGCUUGAAAUGAGCGCUUCAGCAUUUCACCAUGAGGAGGAUGGAGGGAGAGGUGGG